UACGCUUUAUUAAAAACCAAAAAAAUCCAAAAAAACAAAACAAACUCUCACUUAUUCUCUUUUUAUUACUUUCUCUCUCUCUCUCUCACACACACAUAAAUAAAAAAAAAUAUAAACACAAAAAAAAAGCGGUGAAUCCAUCAAUCCAUGGCGAUGGAAGAUAAUGAAAGCUGUGGAAGCAGGGCAGCGAGUGAAUCACCGAAAAAAAGCAAACAAAGAAGACAGAAAUUAGAAGUAUAUAAUGAUGUAUUAACACGAUUAUAUGAUAUGAAUCAUGAAGAUACCAAAUUACCUGAUUUUGAAGACUCCCUUUGGAUUCACUUUAAUCGCCUUCCUCCCAGAUAUGCGCUGGAUGUAAAUGUUGAGAGAGCGGAAGACGUGAUCACACAUAAGCGAGUCUUGCAGAUGGCAGAAAAUCCUGCUAAUAGACCUGCAUUUGAAGUUCGCUUAGUGCAGGUCCAUCCUACUUCCGACGGGACUACACCUGAUUUGGACUUGGAAUUUUCAAUGAAAGAAGAUGCUCAAAGUCCUUCACCUUACAGCAGUAGAAGCGGAUUGCACCCACCAUCUUUUGGUUCAACACAAAAUCUUGAGGCGCUUGCACUGAAAGCUAAUAGACACCAGGACAGUUAUGCCGACAAUGAUGUGAAUCCUACUUCAGUAGUGUCUAGGCCUAUGCAUGAAAUCACUUUUUCGACGAUUGACAGGCCAAAGCUCCUAAGUCAGUUGACUUCCUUACUUUCUGAGGCUGGAUUGAACAUUCAAGAAGCACAUGCCUUUUCAACUGCUGAUGGCUUCUCCUUGGAUGUGUUUGUUGUUGAUGGAUGGCCUCAUGAGGAAACUGAACAGCUCAGAAGUGCAAUAUCAAAAGAGAUAAUGAAGGCUAAGGGGGAACCUUAUCGUGAAAUCCCUUCUGCACCUGCUAUCUCCAUCUCAACACCAAGCACCUCUGCGCCUUCGAGUGAUCAUGUAAAAAUACCUACUGAUGGAGAUGUAUGGGAAGUUGAUGCCAGUCUGCUGAAGUUUGAAAAUAAAGUUGCAUCCGGUACUUUUGGUGAUCUAUAUAAAGGCACAUAUUGUAGUCAAGAAGUGGCUAUCAAAGUUCUUAAGCCAGAACGAAUUGAUGCAGAUAUGCUUAGAGAAUUCUCUCAGGAAGUUUUUAUAAUGAGGAAGAUUAGGCACAAGAAUGUUGUUCAAUUUAUUGGAGCAUGUACGGAACCUACAAAAUUGUGCAUUGUAACGGAGUACAUGGCACGGGGAAGCAUAUAUAGCUAUCUUCACAAGCAAAAUGGUUCUUUUAAGCUUCCUUUGUUACUGAAAAUUGCAAUUGAUAUAUCCAAGGGCAUGAGCUACCUGCAUCAAAAUAAUAUUAUUCACAGGGACUUAAAAACUGCCAAUCUACUAAUGGAUGAACACGAAGUUGUCAAGGUUGCUGAUUUUGGAGUGGCUAGGGUGCAGACUCAGUCUGGAGUAAUGACUGCAGAAACUGGAACAUAUCGUUGGAUGGCACCUGAGGUUAUUGAGCACAAACCAUAUGAUCAUAAAGCUGAUGUAUUCAGUUUCGCAAUAGUGCUAUGGGAGCUUCUAACAGGCGAGGUCCCCUACUCAUACUUAACCCCGUUACAAGCAGCGGUUGGUGUGGUACAACAGGGUUUACGGCCUACAAUCCCUAAACAAACUCAUCCAAAGCUCAGAGAGUUGCUUGAGAGUUGCUGGCAGCAUAACCCAACAUUGAGACCCAACUUCACGGAAAUUCUAGAUAAAUUGAAGCAUUUAGCAAAAGAGGUUGGGAAUGCAGGAGAGGGGCACAAGGACAAAUCGAUUAGCGGAUUUUUCUCAAGUUUUAAGAAAGGACAUCACUGAAGCAGCAGCAGCAGGUAUCGAUUGAAUCAAGAUGUAAUUUGUGUAAUCAUAAUUAUUAUGCACAAAUUCCACUCAAUACAGUAAAUUAUUGUUAUCAGUGUGUUGUUCAAAAACCCAUAUUCUUGUCAUCAUAUUAUCUUUGUUCUCGAUA